GGCUCUGUUCAGUCAGGACACCCGUUAUACGGACUGACGGCCGCCCGCUCUGCCUGCCCCUCGCUGUCAGGAUGGAGGGGGCUCGACGGCCUUCCCUUCUCUUCCUCCUGCUGGUUUUACAGCCCGGCGGGUCCGGCAGAGCAGAGGCAGGCGCGAUGGAGCUGAGCCGGAUUCUAGGGGACUCCGUCACUUUCCCUCUGGGGAUCCCAGCAGAGCAAGUUACAGCUGCUACCUGGACAGUAAACACAACGAGGAGUAUAGUAACUGUAGCAGCAGGAAACCCCCCCACAGUCAUUGUGUUAGACCCAUCCUACGAGGGACGCCUGAGAGUCCCCGAGAGCAACUCGCUUCAGAUCACCAGCCUGAGGAUGGAGGACACGGGCACCUACAGCGCUCAAAUCCGCACAGCUACAGGCAUCAUCCACAGACCCUUCCCGCUGCGCGUGUACAAGCCAGUACCGGAGCCAACUGUCCUCUGUGACUCAGUGACCUGUGUGAAUGAAACCUGUAACUACAACCUGAGCUGCAGGGUCAGGGAUGGAGGGGAGCAUGUGACCUACAGCUGGACUCACACAGCAGGGGGCGCUGUUGUACCCAAUGAGUCCAUUCAUCACAUCUCUCAGAGCCCCCGUGAUGCUCACCUGGCCGUCACCUGCACAGCCCAGAACCCCGCCAGUAACAGCUCCACAACGGCCUCUGCAAAGGACCUUUGUGCAGCUCCCACAGCCGCUCCGGCCUCCUCACUGUCCUACUGCCGCGUCAAGGGGAUCGUCCUGCUGCUGGUGCUGGGAGCCCUGAGCGCCGGGAUCAUCGCGGUGCACGUCCUCCCCGGCAGGGAGCGGAGACGGGACUGAGAGCAGAGGAGCUCCCACUGCGGCUGCCAAUCCCGCCUGCGCGUUCCCCAGCCCGCCAGCCCGAGGGUGAUACAGGGGGACGCUCGCUUGCAGCUUCCGAAGGGUGAAUGUCACUGAGUGGGAGGAGGGGAAGUAUUGGGUCCCUCUGUGUGGCGGGAGAUGUGGUGGAGAAUCGGCCCUGCUCAGUGGCGCCCUCUGGCAGCCGCCGGCAGCACAAGUGCGCCUGCCUCGGUUUCCUCCCAUUGACCUUCUGAAAAGACCCCAGUGUCUAAACAUUCCCCUACCUGGGGCUGAUUUAUUAUCCCAGAGUGUAACCAGCCCCCAGGCGCCCAGCCCAGAGCUCACACAAAUCCCCUGACCCAGAGCUCACUGCUCAGUCCCCACGGCUGCUCCAACGCCUGGUUCUUUCCAGGCUUCCCAGACCUUUCCCAGGGAUGCCCUGCCGUGCCCGCUCCCAGCGAGGCUCUCCCCUCCUCCGUGGCAUCCGGCUCUCUGGGGACAGGAGCUCACUUCCAGCUGCACCUGGUUAAUGCCCAAGGCAGGCCGGCCCCGGCCUCUGGCCGUUAAAGGGGCAGAACACCCUGUCACGGAGGCACUUUCCCCCCACUGUGCUCUGCGGCCGAUGACUGUGCGGGGCAGGGCGAUGGAGAGCCAGGACCAAGGAGUUUGGCCCGGGAGAAACUCAGCUGCCUCGUGAACCCAGGACUGGCCCUAAACACAGGGGACUCCGGCCUGGUCUAGACCCAGUUGCUGCCCCAGUGUCACUCUACAGGUCAGUGGGGGAUUUUCUACUGGUACAAUGAAAGCGCUGCCUCCCUUACUGGGGAUGCCCUUGUCUCAGUGGAAAGGGGCUUCUCUGGGUGCAGCCCCUGAACCUCUUUACCCGGUAACUGUCUCAGUUUCUAAACCAAGCCCGUGUGGAGACAAGCCCUUAGGAAUUACCACAUGGGAUCAGAAUCCCGGCCAGUCUAGUCCAGCGUCCCUACUCCAGCCCUGCCCUGCCUCGGAUAAUUCAGAGGAAGGCAAAACGCUCCCCCUAGUGGGCAAUACUGGAAUAACCUGCCCAUAUGAGGAAUUUUCCUCACCCCAUGCACAGAGAGAAGUUGGUUUAUACCCUGGUGCCAAAGAGUUAACGUCCCUUCCACAUUCUCUCUCUCCUCCCCAGCAGAACCGUCAAUGUCCUUGUGAUUCAGACAGGUCGAGGGUGUGUUGGGUUUUAAUCCUGCAAAGGCUUGAUAGAGCGAUAAUAUCCAGUGGCAAUGAGUUCCACAGGAUAACUUUCCAUCAUGUAAAUAAAGUCUCCA